AUGGCUGGAUCAGCGGAAGAUUCAAACCCCUUGGGCAAACAUAACGAGAACUCCUUGGACCUUACCGUGCUAGGGCUGUGCUCCGGGGCUGCGUUGGAUGGUGUCUCAUGCGCUCUCUUACGCUACAGGCAGAGGAGACCCAAUGAACCUCUCCGCAUGUCUAUGCUCAAACACGAAGAAACCGAUGUACCUCUCCGGUUACGGACGCAGAUCCUCAACCUACUGCGCGACCAUCCCAAAAACCCGAACGCAAUGGUCCGAGUACAUAACCUGCUCGGCUACAUGUACUCAACAUCAGUCAAGUGUUUUUUGGGGAACAACGGCUUAUCUGAAGACGACAUUCAUCUAAUAGCUGCGCGAGCUGACUCUAUCCCUCCAUCUGUGGCGCCCCAGCUACACCCCAUCCUAUCCAUCGACGGAGUAUCGCCGGUUUUGAAGAGCUGGACCGCUGUCGUCGCUGCAGAAACGAAUGUCACAACCGCAUCGAACCUACCAAUAACACGAAGACCAGUCAACGAAAUCGACCCGACCGCUGGAUCUCCAAUUGACAGUCUCUUUGUCCAACACCCAACAAAGUUUCGCGUCUGCGUGACCAUCAUGGAUCUCCUUACUAUAACUAUCAUCCCGCCAGCUGAUGGCAGACCAAGAGUCGCACCGCCUAGCUCGGUGUGCGGCCCUGGCACCAUCUUCAUAGAUUAUACAAUGCGCUACGCGACCUCUAAUCGCAUCCAGAACGACUACGACGGUGCAUACGGCUCGAAAGGCAUAGUCAACCAUGCUGUUGUCGACCGCGUACUCGAGUCCAACGAUUACUCGUUACGCGUGCCUCCCCUCCACAUAGCCACCGAAAUGUUUGGCCACCACGAAGCGCAGAGCGUCAUAGAAGAGUGUCUCUUCCUCGGGAUGACCGAUCACGAUACCGUUGCCACUAUCACACGUAUCACGGCCGAGAACCUGGUGCGCCAGUACCGCAGACUAGUUGCCGCAUACUGCCCGCCAGAUCAGAAAGUUGAUGAGAUAUUCAUCUGUGGGACCGGUGCACGGAACACAGAUAUCGUCGAUUACAUGGAAGAAGUAUUGCCAGCAGAAGUCAUCACCAGGCCGCUCGACGACAUAGGAAUACCUGGUGAGGCCAAAGAGGCCGUAUGUUGCGCUCAUUUGGGGCUGGAGGCUUUACUGAAACACGCAGUAAAAGAAGACGGGCCAUUUGAACAAGGCCUGCAGAACCCGAUAAUAGGAGCUGUUGCGAAGGGAACACACUGGGAAACGGUCAAGGAGCAGCUUAUGAGGUUCAGCGAUGGAGAGGAACUACCAGCUGUGCAGCGUGUUGUCAUUGAGAAGAAAUGA